AUGUAUAUUUCUUCUUUUUUCUAUCUUGCUUGUUUCUGGCUUUUGCUUUUUCCGUCCUACUACUACCGAGUACGUUGUUGUCGUAGUUUAAUGGUUUCCCUUUUUUCUUUGGAAAUGGAAACUUGGAAAAAAAAACAUCAUCGCCGAUUGCGUUUGUACGGGAGAACUCGGCAAGACGGAUCUUUAAUGAAUUGGAUCGCUAUCUUCUUUUCUUUCUCUUCUAUCUCUCUCUCUCUCUCUGUCUCUGUGGUUCUCUUUUUAUUAUGGGCGUUGUCGUCGAUGUUUUGGUUUAUUUAUCAUCCCCAUUAUUAUUUAUUAUUUUUAUUUGUUAUAAGAUUACUGUUCUUGUCCACUAAUUGA